GGGGGGUUCCUGACCCCUGCCAGGGUCCCAGACCUGCCAGGGCAGCCAGAGGGAAGCCCUGGAUUCCCACAGGUGACCAGCUGGCUUACACACUCCAGGAUUUGUGAUCCCUGGCUUACACACUCCAGGAUUUGUUUGGAUGUUGUGGAUGGUAUUUAUUUAACUUCCAGGAUGUGGUGGUUAUCAGCAGCUGAUAACAUGCUUGGGCCUAUUUAAAUGGCAUCUUCUGUCUCAGUGCCCAACGUCUGAGGUCCCUGAAUAGUUUGAAAUAGCUGUACUGCAGCCUGUGCUUUGGGAUGUGACUUUCAAAGAAUCUCAGGCAUUUUCCGCUCCAUUUUUAAAAAGUAGGUAAGGAAAUAAAAAAUAGUCUUGACUCUUGUUACUUAAGAACUGGGAUUUAGCUCACUGUUCCAAUGGCACCCCUUGGCAGGAAAAGCCUGUAGGGAAGCUGCUGAAUUCAGCCCUAACCCAGAAUAUACAUGAGCCUUCCCUGUUCACCUUCUAGCUGAAGCCUUGCUGAUGUCCAGUAAUCUUAUUUUUAAACCAGAUCUGAUUCAUGCUCUGCUUUCUGUGCCAGAUGAGGUCCUUGGUUGUGAGUAAGUGUUGUGACUGUAGCUGGCAGGAGCGCCGCAUGAUUGCCUCACUUCAGGAAAUGUUAAAAUAACACUUUUUUUUCUUAGAAAGCUCAUUUGCACCCCUCCCACUUCUAAUUCUCCUAAUAGCUGCCCCCAGUUUGGCAGCUGUGUGACAGAGGGCUGUUUGUGUUGCUGAGUGAGAGCAGAGACACUGGAGUGGACGCAGUGCUGGAGGAGAGGUGCACGGAGCGAGCGAGCAUCCCUGGCCAAGCUGGCUCCAGCCUCUGCAAGGUUCCUCUGCAGCCUGGAAGGAAAACUGCUCAACUGUGAGAAGGAUCUCGCUCCUCCCCCUGGGCUCUGCGACUGAAGCUGGGGAUUUUUUUCCUCUUGGAGAAGAGAAGCUGCCCCAAGCGAAGCUGCUCACUUGAGACAAGCCAGGCAAAGGUUUCUCUGCCCUUGGCUGCCGGGGUUCAGAGGGGCCGGGAGCUGCUGGGAUGAGUGUCCCCCAGGGCUGGAGCCAGCAGCUUGUGCCUGCUGCUCUGCACUUGCAGCAGGCCCCCGAGGUACUCAGCAGAGCUUGGGGUGAAGAGGAUUGUCUCCUCAGCCCUGUGGCAAUGUGUACAGCCCUUGCCGGUGGUGGAAAGGAGCACACGGCGUUGGGAGUGCAGACGAGCGCUGUGCUCUGUGAGUGUGGCACAUGGGCCGAGUGUGCUAAUGUUUAACUUGUCUCUUGUUUUUCUUUCCAUCCAUUAGGCAACACUGAGGGCUGCACAUCUCGCCAAAGCCUCCCGGCAACCUUGUCUGCAGGGCUGGAUGACAGCAGGAGCUGCCAGGUAAACCCAUGAGCCUGUGAGGAGGCGAGCUCAGGACGCACCAUGGGCCAGAAGGUCACGGGUGGGAUAAAGACCGUGGAUAUGAGGGACCCUGUGUACAGGCCAUUGAAACAGGAGCUGCAGGGACUGGACUACAGCAAGCCCACCCGGCUGGACCUGCUGCUGGACAUGCCCCCCGUGUCCUACGAGGUGCAGCUGCUGCACUCGUGGAACAACGACGACCGCUCGCUGAACGUGUUCGUCAAGGAGGACGACAAGCUGAUAUUUCACCGGCACCCGGUGGCCCAGAGCACGGACGCCAUCAGGGGCAAGGUGGGCUACACGCGGGGGCUGCACGUCUGGCAGAUCACCUGGGCCAUGCGCCAGCGGGGCACCCAUGCCGUGGUCGGGGUGGCCACGGCCGAGGCCCCCCUGCACUCCGUGGGGUACACGACGCUCGUGGGCAACAACCACGAGUCCUGGGGCUGGGACCUGGGGCGCAACAGACUCUACCACGACGGCAAGAACCAGCCCAGCAAGACCUACCCCGCCUUCCUGGAGCCCGACGAGACUUUCAUCGUGCCCGACUCCUUCCUGGUGGUUCUGGACAUGGACGACGGCACCCUGAGCUUCAUCGUGGACGGGCAGUACAUGGGGGUCGCCUUCCGAGGGCUCAAAGGGAAAAAGCUCUACCCGGUGGUGAGCGCCGUGUGGGGCCACUGUGAAAUUCGGAUGUGCUACUUGAACGGGCUUGACCCUGAACCACUGCCUCUGAUGGACUUGUGCCGGCGAGCCGUGAGGCUGGCCCUGGGCAAGGACAGGCUGGCCCAGAUCCCCACCCUGCCCCUGCCAGCCUCCCUCAAGAGUUACCUGCUCUACCAGUGACCCCGUGCUGCAGGACCGAGCAGGACCCGAGGGGAUGGAGCUGCCCACGGAGCCCUGGGCUCUCCAGGCUGGAGCUGCCUGGCCGGAGGAUUUGUCACCAGUUUCACCUGCAGCUGCUGCAGCCUCCCUCUGCUCUGGGGCAGUCCUGGCCUCACAGCCCAGUGCUUUGUUCCUUGGCAGUCACAACAGGAACACUGGCACAGGCUCUGGGCUCCCCUCUCCUCCUGUGGGUUUGAGGGGAGUGCUUCUUCUGUACCAGCUAAAGGGAAGGGUGAUAAUGAAAGAAUAAUACUAAAAGUAAGAAUUAAAGCGUAAUUUGGGGGAAGAGGAGGCAUUAGGAAUAGAAAUGUUAAGGCCACGUGCUGAGAAGGGAAAGGCUCAGGAUGGCCAGCAGAGUUGUAAAGAGUCUGGGAUACCAUAAAGAAUUAAUUGAUGGGUUUUUAAAAGCCAAAAAAAAUUAAAAGUACAGCCCCGAGCCCUGAAACACCAAAACCAAGAGCCCUUCUUCCACCAGGACACUUGCUGGCUUGGAGAAGGUGGUUGUGUUGCUGAUGUCUGUAUCUGUGCUGGGACUCCUCACCCUGCUGUGUUGCUGUUUCACAGGUUGUGCCUCCUGCUUUUUGUUUACCACCAGUGCUCCUCCUGCUCCAUCCUCUGCUCUGCUCCUCCUGCUGGCUUUGACAGCUGAUUUUGCAGUCAGGCUGUGCCUCCCUCCUGCCUGAAAGCUGCAGCUUUUCUGUGGGACCCCUGGCGGGUGUGGGACAGGGAAGGACAGAGCUGUGCAGCAGGGUGGCAGCGUGCUGAGCUGUGUCCCCCCAGAGAAUCCUUCACCUUCUCUAAGGGCACUGCCAGGGAAUUCUCUCCCUGAAAAGCUGCCCAGAUUGACCCAAGCCAGGCUGGUUCUGUGCCAGAGCAGCCUCACCCGCGGGUCCCUGUGCCCUGCUGGGUGCCCAGAGGCUGUCCCUGAGCAGGGCUCCCACAGGUGCCACCAGCAGCAGGGCAGAUCAGACAGCCCAGGGGCGAUCUUCAGGCCCAGCAGGAGGAAACUGAACCUCUCCAGAGCCGGGCAGCAGGAGAGAGCUGCAAUAAACAGGACAAGCAAUAUCAGCACAUCCCAAAUAGAUCCUCAGUAGCCAGGUAAAGGGGAUGACACUCCUUCCUUAGCAGGAGCUGCUCUCUUGACCUCUCCACAGGUUACUAUGCUGCCUUUCUGGGGUUAUUUUGCACAUUUCUUUGUGUUUGUUGGUUUUUGUUUUUUUUUUCCUUGAAAAAUGUUUGUGUGAUUGUUUUGUUUUUGCUUUUGAGUUAUCCCCUUGGUUUUGUGUAGGUACAAAUGAGUUCAGUUGAAAAUGUUAAUAUAUAUAUAUGUGGGGUGUAUGUAUAAGAACAUGUUUUAAACAGCUGCUGUAGGGUACCUUUUUGAAAAUAAACUACUUGCAUAGUAUAUUUUUUAAAGCACAGAGUUGGUGCCAAGACUGGGUGGGGUGUGAUGUGCCCCUUUUUUAUUCUAAUAUUAUAUGAGAUUUUUUUUCAACGUAGGGGUUUGUACUAGUUUCUGUUGCAGGGUGGGCCACAAAAUUCAGUGUGUGUGGAGCCCUGCUUGGUUGCCUUCAACUUGAACCAGUGUCUUCCAGAACUCCAGGGAAGGAGCUGUGUUCUCCCUACUUCUAAUGCUCUUUGUGCUCCCUCAUUUCCAUCUCUCCUCACUUCACCAGGACAUGACUCUGUACAGUUUAAAAUCCUUUCCAUUUUAUGACUGUAGAUAGUACUCAGUAACCUAAUAAACUUUAUUAAAUAUUA